AUGACAAGGGGCGCACCCGGUGGCGUCGGCUUCGAUGUUGCUAGGACCCCGGACGGAACCGUUUGGAACGACCUGCCCUACCUGGCUACGGACAUGACUGCAUUCUGGAACAACGAGUGCGCCGCCAUGAGCACGUCCCAGCGGGUAAACGCCUCCUCCUUCCUGGCGAAGCUGGCGUCUGCCCGCGUGGCCAACGAUCGGCUCUGUCUGAUCGCUCUGAUCCUCUUCCGGGAUACGCUUGAGACGAGCGACCUCUUGGGAGUUCCAACGACCCUGAUGAUGAGUGUCCUCGUCGGUCCGUGCACGUGCUGA